AUGAGUCUGUACGACGUGAGGUUCGCGGAAGAAGAGGUUGUCGUGCUUCGCACGAUCAUCAAGACAGAGGUCUACUACGAGGACGAGGCCUACCAAGUGUUCGCUGAGAUCGCGGAGCCCAGGCGCCGCGAGAUCUGGAUGGAGGCGAGGCAGCUGAAGGCGGCGCGCGAGGGCGACAGGGAUCUUUUCGACCAGGAGAGGGGCAGCACUAUACUCCAGGAUCAAGAGUGCAAGAUCGGGGUCAGGUCUAGAAAGCCGGCGCUAGCCAACUCGAAGGUGCAUUUCUUUUCGUUCGGCGAGUUCGACUUCUCAUCUGCCUCGCACGCCACCUUCCUGGAGGAGUUAUCCGACGCAAUCAGCCAGGUCAGGGCGGAUGCAUUCGCGGGGGCCACGCCUCGCGAGAUGGGCAGUCACGGGGUAGUCGACGCGGCGGCAGCCCAGGCGUUCAUCGGCAAGCCCGACCAGCAGCAGAUG